AUGUCUCAAUUUUUAUGGGGAGUUGACGGAUAUGAGAGAGUUUGCUAAUGGCGGCAGAGAUGUGUAUAUACGAGUCUCCGCAUCUGCUUCAGCGAUGCCUUUAAAGAAAUCUAAGGGGCUCCGUCCGAAAUGGCUAAUACUAAGCACGGGUAUACCUUCUGGUGUAGUGAUCCUUCUCAUGCUUUAUAUGACAUGGAAAAUGGGAAAAGGGUCUUCAAGUGCAAUAAAUCUGGAAGAAGCAACACCAGCAGAUGUAGUAGUCUUUGAUCUCGACACAAUUAAAUUGAUCACUGAAAACUUUUCUGCUGAAAGUAAACUUGGAGAAGGAGGGUUUGGUUCUGUACACAAGGGUAAGUUGCAAAAUGGAAAACUUGUAGCUGUCAAAAGGCUCAAAACAAAUUCAGAUCAAGGGAUAGAAGAAUUCAAAAAUGAAGUUAUGCUCAUUGCAAGAUUACAACAUAGAAAUCUUGUAAGGCUUUUAGGAUGCUGCAUUCAACAAGGGGAAAAGAUGUUGGUAUAUGAGUACUUGCCUAACAAUUCCCUCGACUACAUUAUCUUUGAUAAUAAGUUAGGGAUUCUUCUGGAUUGGAAAAAACGUUUUGAAAUCAUAUUAGGAAUCGCUCAAGGAUUGUUGUACCUUCAUCAAGAUUCAAGGCUAAAAAUUAUCCACCGAGAUUUAAAAGCAAGCAAUAUUCUAUUGGAUGAUCUUAUGGAACCAAAAAUAUCUGAUUUUGGAAUGGCUAGAAUUUUUGGAGAAGAACAAACAGAAGCGAACACAAAACAAGUAGUUGGAACAUACGGUUAUAUGUCACCGGAAUAUGCCAUGGAAGGUCUCUUUUCUGUUAAAUCGGAUGUAUUCAGUUUCGGAGUUCUGAUGCUCGAAAUUGUGUGCGGAAAGAAAAACAAAUAUCAACACACAGAGAACUCUGUUAAUUUGAUGGGAGAUGUAUGGGAUUUUUGGAACGAACAAAGACCAUUGGGCUUAGUGGAUCCAUCAUUGGGGGAGCAGUCCUAUGAUACGCGAGAAGUUUUGAGAUGCAUCCACGUCGGACUUUUGUGCGUUCAACCAAUACCAAAUGAUAGACCCAAUAUUUCAGAAGUGAUAUUUAUGUUGAGUAAUGAAACAAAACUCCCUAGUCCUAAUCCACCGGGAUUUAUGAUCAGAAAAGGAUAUAGCACUACUCCAUCCUCAUACACUGAAAGUGGUGGUUAUCAAUCUCUCAGUAUGACAUUUACUCAAAUCGAAGGUCGAUGAGAUUUAUAAGACAUUUUAUACCGUAGUAUGUAGUAUUAUUAUAGCAUAUGUGAUGUCUUUAAAAUUGAUGUAUUGUAUUCCCUUUGACUCGUGAUUAAUUUGUGGGUUGAAUUUGUAUGAUUUUAAUAAUGUGGAAUUAGAAGUACUACAUUUGCUUAGAGCUUCUUAAAUAACGUUAUUUGUAACAUUGUAUAUCCUUUGGAUUGUGC